AUGAAAUGCUUGGAAGAUGCACUACUGGUUAAUCGAACACUCGAAGUGUUGUCAUUUGGUUAUAAAUAUGAAUGUGAAGAUGCAGUACAAUACAUAAAAGAUAAAUCACUUUAUUUCGCAGCAAAAAUAGAUGUACCAGUCAGCGAAGUGACCUGUUCUGUUUGUGCUGAUACAUCUCAGUACGAUCAAUGUUCAGCGAAUAGUGCGUGCGGUUGUUUUCACAUGGUUGGCGCUCACAAUGUUGGAAUUUGCGGCUUUCUCUGGACAAGCUGUUCAACUCUUGCUCCAUGUGAUUCUCUAACCAAUUCUUGUGCUAAAGAUGAUCAUAUCUGUGUUCACCAUCCUCGAUGUAAUACAAGACCUGUUUGUUAUCCAGCAUCAAUGAUUGAUCCACGAAUUUGUCCAACAGCUACAGUGAGUACAAGUACAACCAAUACGAUUCCAAAUGCAACUGAAAUUACAUCAACAACGACAACGACAACAAUUACAACAACAACUUUUACUACUACUGGUGCACCAAGAAACUGGCGCUUUACUAGUGGCAUGCCAAUAGGAUUGAGAGACCAUGUAGCAACUACAUUAAUGGAUGGAACAAUUAUGAUGAUUGGUGGCAACAAUGAUGAUAACGGUGAAACGAAUAGAGUUAUUCUGUACAAUUCGUCAAGUGAAACCUGGAGCAAUGCAACUAGUAUGCGAAAUGCACGAUAUGCACAUAGAGCAUCCAUUUUAUUCAAUGGGAAAGUCUUAGUUACUGGAGGCCAAAGAGCUACAUACAUAACUACAGAUAGUGUCGAAUUGUAUGAUCCAUCAACAAAAAAAUGGACAUCAAUUGAUAGUUUAAAUCAUGCACGGAGAUACCAUACAGCAACGGUUUUGUCAAAUGGAAAAGUAUUGAUUGCUGGUGGAGAAACUUAUAGCGUGAAUUAUGGUCAAAUAUCUAUGAGUGCUGCUGAGUUAUACGAUCCAUUUGCAGACAUUUGGACAGUUACUGACAGUUUGAAGAAUAAUCGAACAAGACAUACCGCAUGCCUUUUAAAAAACGGAAAAGUACUGGUAGCCGGUGGUUCACAACUUACUUCAGAAUUAUAUGAUCCAGCAACAGGGCUAUGGACAACGACGGGUAGCAUGAAACAGUUCCGAGAAGGUCAUACGAUGUCAUUGUUACCAAAUGGACAAGUAUUAGUUACUGGUGGACAUAGUUUAAAGAGCGCUGAAUUAUACGAUCCACUAACUGGAAACUGGACCUUUGUCGAAAAUAUGCAUUAUGCUAGACAAUAUCAUACAGCAACUGUAAUGUUAGAUGGAAAUGUCUUAGUUGCAGGUGGGUACAAUACAACUGCUACGAACAGAGUCGAGUUUUAUAAUCCAGAGACAAGAAAAUGGACAACAACUUAUGAAAGAAUGAAGCANGGUGGACAUAGUUUAAAGAGCGCUGAAUUAUACGAUCCACUAACUGGAAACUGGACCUUUGUCGAAAAUAUGCAUUAUGCUAGACAAUAUCAUACAGCAACUGUAAUGUUAGAUGGAAAUGUCUUAGUUGCAGGUGGGUACAAUACAACUGCUACGAACAGAGUCGAGUUUUAUAAUCCAGAGACAAGAAAAUGGACAACAACUUAUGAAAGAAUGAAGCAUGACCGUCAUAGUCACACAGCAUCGUUGUUACCAAAUGGAAAAUUGUUGGUUGCUGGUGGAAAUUCCAAUAGUUACUACUGGCGUAGUGCAGAAUUAUAUGAGUAA